UUCAAUCAUUCCUUCAUAUGGUAUCAGAGCAGUAAAGGGCUUCUUUCUCCUUUACGAUCCAUUCACGGCUUCCCUUGCCUCUCUUUUAUUUUUUCUUCUUCUCGACAUAUGUCGACCGCAAUCACCAUGGCACAGACGCCUUCAAUUACCAAAGAUACACCGGUUGUGCAAUUGCAUGCCAAAUCCCAUUUUCCCAUAAAAUUGAUCUCCACCAACUUUCUCAUUUGGCAGCGCCAAGUUCGGUCCACACUCAUUGGACUCGAUCUACUUGGCUACCUCGAUGGCACCAUGGCUGCCCCACCGCAACUGGUCAACAACGCGCCAAAUCCUUGUUACUCAAUUUGGUUCCGACAGGAUCAAGCUAUCGUUGGGGCUCUUCUGGGCAGCUGUGCUGAUGUCGUACAGCCGCUGAUCUCCACUGCUGAGACAGCCCAUGCCGCGUGGCAGAAUCUCCAUUCAUCCUUUGCCAGUACCAGUCGGGGACGGAUUGUCUUUCUCAAGUCCAAAUUGGGAAAAAACCCACGCGGUAAUCGCUCAAUUACUGAUUAUCUCCAUGAUAUGCGCACCAUUGCCGAUGAACUUGCUCUUGUUCAAAGUCCGAUUUCAGAAGAAGAUCUUGUUGUUCACGUGUUGAACCAAGUUGGGCCCGACUAUGAUCCCAUUUCCUCUGCGGCUCUCCUUCGUCCCUCGGCCAUUUCAUUCACCGAGUUGGGUGAUAUCUUGAAGAAUCAUGAAGCUAAACUUCAAUCAUCAAACGACGCCGAUACUGUGAUGAUGGCCACGGCGAACCUCACUCUUCAACAUGGUGGUUCGGGGCGUUCUAGUCAGGGCCAACGUGAUGCACAUUCCGGCCAGUCCACCAAUAACAAUAACAAGCGUGGUCGUGGGCAGUCCCUGAGCAAUUAUUCCACAGGCAAUCAUCGAUCAUCAGCGAGGCAGUCAAACUCGUGCCAAUUUUGUGCUAUCCCGGGCCAUGAUGUGAAGGACUGUCGCAAAUUGGCUCGGUUUCUCCGCACACAUGGCAUCGGACAAACGCAUGCAAUCAACGCUACAAUGAUUACCUCUCGGCCUAGUGGAUCCUACACGGGCAUGUUUCCAUUCGCCCUUCCAGGUGCUGGAACGAUGCCCCUUCAAGCUCCGAUGGCAGUGACGCCAUUCCAGACGCCGGUGCCGCAACCAUCACCUUUCCAGCCGCAGCUGGUCAGCACCAUGGCACCAGUCAACUUGACUGGUGCGCUCAACGCCGCAGGGCCAUCGCGUCCCCCGCAAGGUACGAAUCCGUUAAUCACUCCGGAUGGACACUGCGUCUCGGUUGAAAGCGGAGACGACGAGUGGGACAUUCCGAGGGCCCACAAGAAGAAGAAGGGAAAAACCAUCCGACCCGCCACCUCCCGAAACUCCACCUUCGAAAGGCUGGGGGAUAGGGAGGAGGGCCAGAGAAAAUCAGCCAAGCUAAGGUUGGGGCAAAGCGUUGCCCAUGUCAGCGCUUUCGCCCGGUUAGGCGAGAUGAGGGAGGCCGAGCCUGCCCGCACCCAACGCUCCCGGUCAAACUGGCAAGAGCCAGCCAGGACGAGGGCCUCUCGCCAGGAGGAAGAGGCAGAAAGCCAACCCAGGGUACCGGUGGCGAACCGGUUAACCACCCCCAAUGAUCGCGUCCAACAGAUGGAGGCAAAGCUGGAGAGGCUGGAGAAGAAGGUUGGAGAGAAGAAUGACCGGGACAAACCCCUCGCAGGGUCCCCGUUCACUACAAGGGUCCAUCUGACACCUUUCCCACGAAAGGUCAAGAUAGACGCCCCAAGGUUUACCGGUAAAGAGGAUCCAGAAAUACAUCUGGAUUCUUUCAACCAAAGUGCAACUAUGAAUGGUUGUACGGAUGAAGAAAAGUGCCUCCUUUUCUUCCAAACCCUGCGGAAUCGAGCUACUGAAUGGUUCAACAAACUUCGCCCAGGAAGUAUUGAUUCAUUCAGUGACUUGGCCUCAAAAUUUAAGGCCAAGUUCCAGGAAAACUGUAAUAAGAGGAAGAAAUUCACCUAUCUUAGUACAGCCGGGCAGAGGGAAUCUGAGAACCUCACUCAGUUCCUUACCCGGUGGAAGGAGGAGGUAGACAAGGUUGAGGAGAUGGACGACAAGACGGUGUUGUCCCUCCUCCUGAGCGGCUUGCGUGCUGGGGAACUUUACAAGGAGUUCUGCUGGAAACCCCCGGCCACGUACCAGGAAGCCUACCAUACUGCGUGGGAGUUUGCCGAGGCUGAAACUCAACUCCGGGCGAAGAAGGAAGCCGAGCAUGGUUACAAGCCCAAGCCGGUGCAAGUCAAGAAGGAAGAAGUGCCGGUACCCAGCCGGCCGAGGCAUCACUAUGACCCGGUCAUCCGCGUGGUCAACACAGAGGGGUGCCAAGAAAUGAUAGACAGCGGAGAACUGGGCAAGGAUUAUCUGCAGAAAGCCCAGGAGAAGAACCAUCAAUGGCAAUGGUGGGAGAUGGCGGUAGACGGGGCGUCCGGUCCUAAAGGCUACGGGGGUGGUAUAGUCUUUACCACCCCGGAAGGAUUCAAAAUUUACCAUGCAAUCAUCUUCAACUUCAAGCUGACGAACAACGAGGCAGAAUACGAAGCUCUGGCUGGAGGGCUCAGACUCGCCCAAGCCCUGAAGAUCGACCGGGUCAGUAUCAAAUCUGAUUCCAGUUUGAUCGUCGGGCAAGUGACCGGUAACAUGGAAGCUAGAGAAGGUCGAAUGGCGCAGUACAAGGACCUAAUACUUGCCUUGUUGAAAGGCUUUAAGGAAUUCAAGAUCGCCCAAAUCCCCCGGGCGGAAAAUGCAGAUGCAGACCUUCUCUCCAAAUUGACGCAGUAUGCUCCCGAGCAUGUUUCAAAACUUGCCCGGGUAGAAAUUCUUGAUCAAGCCAGCAUUGAAAAAUUGGAAGUAGCCGCCAUAACAGGGGAAAGCCAGUCUGACCGGUCAAACUUGGUCGGGGCGGAUGACAACUGGAUGUAUGAUCUGAUGGAAUACUUGAUGGAUGGGACCUUACCGGAACAAGAUGACCGGGCAAGAAAAGUUAAGCUCAGGGCACCCCGGUUCCAAGUCCUUGACGGAAAGCUGUACAAGAGGGCAUUCGGGGGACCCCUACUGAGGGGCCUAACCAACCGGGAGGCUGAACGAGUCAUAGCAGAAGUCCAUGAAGGUGUAUGCGCAGCACACCAAAUGUCCCGCACCCUUUCACAGCGAAUCAUCUUGUUGGGGUAUUACUGGCCAACAAUUGUCCAAAACUUCCUGCGAAGAAGGGAGGCUAGUAGACCGGGAGACGGAGGAAAGCUAGCCAAAAACUGGGAAGGGCCCUACCGGGUGAGAGCUAUCAUUCGCCCGGGAACCUACCGGUUAGAAACUCUUGAAGGUGUACCGGUAGAAAGAACCUGGAAUUCCCAUCAUCUUCGCAAGUUCUACAAGUGAUUGUAAUACUAGGCAAGGCCUACUUUAUUAUCAAUCAAACCGAUGACAUUCAAUACUCUACAUGGUAGCAGCAGAAUUGAUAGGUCGAACCUAUCCUAGGAGGGCUUCCCGGGUGGAUCAGAUCCACUCGGAUAAGCCAACUGAGACACAGG